CAGCGAUUCAACUCGCCUCGUCUGCCUCGAUCCUCUUUUUGCGUUUGACACAACACAGACUCUUCAUUCCUUCUCUUUCUCCCUUUCUUUCUUCUCCCCCUUUUCUCCUGUCAUUCCUUCUUCGGUGUCUCUGCCUCUCUCUUCGGUUCAUCUCGCGCUCAUUCUUCAAGUUUUUCUCUCUCCUGCUCUCCCGUUCUCCGCUGUCUCUCCGUUUUCAUUAUUUUUUCAGCUCUCUUGGUGCCUCUGUUUCUUUCCUUGCCAUGGCAGCCUCUGCCCGCCGUCUCUCCUCUCUGACGAGAGACGCACACAAACGUUUCGUUCCACCCUCUUCCUCUCUCUUUCCUUUGUCGCCGCCUGUCUCUGCCGCAAGUCCUCUUCCCUCUUUCUCUUCUUUUUUCUCUCCUUCGCGCGGUUCUCUUCCUUCUUCUUCUAUUCUUGCUUCUCCUCCUCGUCCUUCCUCUUCUCUUCCUUCCUUUUCUCUGUCCUCUUCUUCGCCUCCUUCGUCUUCUCCCCCUUCGUCUUCGCUCUCUCUUUUUGCGUCCUUUUUCUCUCCUCGUUUUCCUUCUCAUGCUUUCUCGUCUUUGAGGAAGACGAAGACAGAAACUGAAUCGGGAGGCGAAGAUGACGAACAGCGAGCCGAGAAGGAGUGCAGCCGCAGCGCGUUCAGCUCGACCCUCCCGCCUGAGUCGCACACCCGCAUCGCAGCCAUUCACGAGAAGCUCAUGACCAGCCCUGUCGUUUGUGCACCUCUCUCCGAGGAGACGAAGCGCGCCUGCUUUCCUCCGCUUCCAGAGGAAUCCUUUUGGAGGCAAAGAUUCGACCAAAUCAAAGACGUUCUCUUCCUCAACGAUACACUUCGUCACAGGGGCAGGCUGCUCCUCAGCUCGAUAUUGCCUCUGUACGGCGACAUGAACCUUUUGAAGACAUACUUUGGAAUCGAAGAAGGCAGCCUCUCGGCUCGUCUGUACUUCCUCGUCUUGCAUGUGUGGCUGCUCCAUCGGCGCCUCGUCGCUUUGGUGAGAAUCGCCUCAGCAGCGGAGAGAACUGUGGAGCAUGGUUCGACGUCGUCGCCUUUCUCUUCUGGAGCCCUGUGGCGUUUUCUCUUUCUCUGUGUCGCGUUUCCCUCGAGUCGCACCCUUCCAGCUGUCUUUCGCACAUUCCCCGUCAUUCGCGGAUCGGUCUCUUGCUUUCGAGUCGCGAGUCACGGAGAACGGCUUGCAGGUCGAGGCCUUCCUCGUCUUCGUCUGCAGAUUUUCCGGGGACGUUUUCCUCCAAGGCGUUCUCGGUUUUGGUCUUUCAUCGUGGGUGUCUGUGUGCGCAGCAAGAGGAAUUGACGAGGGAGGCGCUGUGGGAGGCGGUCGACGACCUCUACCGGGCAAUUCUUUCGGAGGAAAAAGACAAGGCGUUCAGCAACGGCUCUUUCAGACGGUCUGUCGCUCUCGUCGAUCUCAAGGAAGCGAAAUGUCUCUGUCUUUCGAGGCAGGUUUUUGGGGUCGCCCUGUUUUUUUUUGUGGCCGCGUAACCACAGUGUAGUGACAGCUGUCUGCUGCAGGGGAGACUCGUUCCGCUUUUUGGUGUCUUAGCACAAAUUCUGCCUCCCUUUUCUUCGGAGAGGUCUGCGUUUCCUCUCGCUGCGAGCUUCUCUGCAGAGACAUCGCGUUUCCUUCUCUCUCUCCGCAGAGCCGAGAGGCAUGUGGAGAGCCUCGUUCUCUGCCCUAAACAGAGGGAGACGAUAGCUGUACUUCCCGCGUUCUUCAGUUCCGCGGGUGGCGGCGAUGCCAGCGAGGUUUCCGGUUCACUGUCGCAGCUCCUGAACCCGUUUCUGUAGUGUCAAGGAGUUGUCUUUUUCAGGUCAGCGAGAUGCGGCUCUCGGCGUAUGUUCGGGAAAUGCAGCAGACCGCCCUCGGCUUUUGUCUCCUCCUCGACGAAGCUUUCGACCAGCCUCACUUCGCUGGAGAGGCCGCCCACAGAAUCUGGUAGUAAGUGCGCAGAGAUGGUUUCUCCGAGUAGACAGGGUGGACAAACGUCGUGGCAUUCACUUUGCCCGUCUCCCGCGGCAUGUUAGUCUGCACGAACUCCUCCACGAAACACUGUGGCUUAUCUUCAUGUGUUCACGGCACCGGCCAAGCCUCGAGAGAUUUUUCUGGAGAGACUCUCGCGCGUGCAUCCGAAAUGGCUGUGGAGGCUGAAACAGAUGACCCAUCUGCAGGCGACUGCUGGCCUCCCGCCAACAUAACUCCUUGCAGAGAGAGGCACGCGCAGAGCUGCGGAUUUCCCUCUGGGCAGCGCCUACGCAAACUUGCUUUCCCUUCCUUCGGAGGUUGUCUGUGUGCCCCCGUUCUCUCUCUUGCUCUGUCCUUUUAGGCCUUCGUUUCUGUAGCGCUUUGUCUUCAGAGCUCUCUCUCCCUCGAUCUGUGUCUCGAUGUCUCGUUGUUUCUAUCGUCGCGUUUUCACCUUGCCUCGUCCUUUCCUGGCGUCUGUGUCUCUUCCCUUUCGGCAUGCAGCAUGGUGUUUGAGGCGAAGGAGGAGUGCCGUUUCGCGCCACACGUCCUCGAUCUGACAGCCUACCUUCUGAGGACCGUAAGGAGUGAAGGAACUCCGUCCACGCCUGUGCUUCUCCGGCUUCUCGCUUUUUCGUUUUUGCUUCCUGUACAACUCCGUUUUCUCUGUGGCUUCUCCCGUCUUCGUUGCACCCUCUUCUUACCUCCUCUACGUCUUCGUCGUAAACUACGGGGAGGGUGUCUUCGCGUAUCUUUUGAUCGCUCUUCGUUCGGAGAAACUGUUUCUUGUCGACCCGAGGCAGUCGGAGUCUCCGGUGUCGUGUUGUUCCAGAGGAGGGAAAAAGGCUGGAUCUUAUCGCUGGAAUCACGCUCAGUACCCUAGGCACCCUAACGUCUCUGUGUCCGGCCUAUUUGAGUUUACCGUUCUCUUUUCCAUUGAAAUUUCCUGUACACUCGACGUGAGUUGCGCCAGUGCGACCACGCAGAAAACCAUCGAAGGUGCGAUGUGCUCGUAGGUGUCUCAGGACGUCUUUCCUGUCUCUGUUUUUCCUCCUGUUGUUGGUGCCUUCGCGUUCAUUUGCUUCCUCGUUUCCUCUCCUUUCCUCAGAGCCAAUUCGUCGCCAGCAUCCCCACCGAGCGACUUCUUCGGGGGAGCUUUUCGUGGCCACGGUGGCCGCCGCACCUCGAGGACGGGGCGGUCGAGGAGUGGAGGACGGCGGACGGCGGCAGAACGUUUUUUCCUAAAGCCUGAACACGACGAAUAGACAACAACUCGCUUCCUUCGACUCCGCCCUGUCUUUCCGGGGGCUGUCUUAGUCGUGGGCGCAGCCCUUCGACGUUCGGCUUCUGUCUGUGGAUGUGCAGGGGCGGGCACCUCUCCGCUGUGGCACUCUCCUUCCGUCUAGACUUGUCUCUGUGCAUUUGCCCGUCACCUUCCCGAAUAUAAGCCGAGGCAAGGAGGCCGGUGAGACGCCCCGUCCACAAAGGAAACGUGGGUCAAAUCAAUCUCGACUCCAGUUGUACAUGCAUAUAUACAUAUACAUACACACCCAC